CAAGGGGGUGUGCGCAUCGGUGGCGGCGGCAGGAGUUCCAGUAUAAACAAGGACCCCGACUGGAUCGGCGGGUUUUUCUUUUCUUCCUGCCUUCGGCCCUUCCCGGUCCUGCGCUCGCCUUUGGGGGCGCCGCCGUGCAGCAGCCAGGAGGCGGAGGCGCAGGGCGGCGUGCGGGAAAGUAUGCCUCAGACACCUCCCUUUUCAGCAAUGUUUGACAGCAGUGGCUACAACCGAAACCUCUACCAGUCUGCAGAGGAUAGCUGUGGAGGCUUGUAUUACCAUGACAACAACCUCCUUUCUGGGUCUCUGGAAGCGCUCAUACAGCAUCUGGUACCCAACGUGGAUUACUACCCAGAUAGAACGUACAUCUUCACCUUCCUGCUCAGCUCUCGGUUAUUCAUGCAUCCCUUCGAACUCAUGGCCAAAGUCUGCCACUUGUGUGUUGAGCACCAGCGGCUGAGCGAAGGGGAUGGUGAGAAGAACCAGAUGAGAAAAAUUGCACCCAAAAUUCUUCAACUCUUGACAGAGUGGACGGAAACAUUUCCUUAUGACUUCCGGGACGAGAGAAUGAUGAGAAACCUAAAAGACCUGGCGCACAGAGUGGCCAGCGGCGAGGAGACAUACAGGAAGAACGUCCAGCAGAUGAUGCAGAGCCUGAUCCGCAAACUCGCCGCCCUCAGCCAGUAUGAGGAAGUCCUGGCGAAACUCAGCUCCACAGCCACAGACCGGCUCACGGUUCUGAAGACCAAGCCGCAGUCCAUACAGCGGGAUAUCAUGACGGUCUGCAGCGACCCGUAUACGUUGGCCCAGCAGCUGACUCACAUCGAGCUGGAGAGACUCAAUUACAUUGGCCCAGAAGAAUUUGUUCAGGCGUUCGUGCAGAAGGACCCUCUGGACAACGAUAAGAGCUGCUACAGUGAACGGAAGAAAACAAGAAACUUAGAAGCCUACGUAGAAUGGUUUAAUCGACUAAGCUACUUGGUUGCUACAGAAAUCUGCAUGCCUGUGAAGAAGAAACACCGAGCGAGGAUGAUUGAAUAUUUCAUCGACGUGGCUCGAGAGUGUUUCAACAUUGGAAACUUCAAUUCCCUGAUGGCCAUAAUCUCUGGUAUGAAUAUGAGCCCGGUCUCGCGGCUAAAAAAAACGUGGGCCAAAGUGAAGACUGCAAAGUUUGACAUUCUUGAGCAUCAGAUGGACCCUUCAAGCAAUUUCUAUAACUACAGAACAGCUCUGCGAGGGGCAGCACAAAGGUCCUUAACUGCUCACAGUAGCAGAGAGAAGAUUGUGAUACCAUUCUUCAGUCUCUUAAUCAAAGAUAUUUAUUUCCUCAACGAGGGCUGUGUCAACCGUCUUCCAAAUGGCCAUGUCAACUUUGAGAAAUUUUGGGAACUGGCCAAACAAGUGAGUGAGUUUAUGACGUGGAAGCAGGUAGAGUGUCCGUUCGAGCGGGACCGGAAGGUCUUACAGUACCUACUUUCAGUGCCCGUAUUCAGUGAAGACGCUCUCUACUUGGCUUCCUACGAGAGUGAAGGGCCUGAAAAUAACAUAGAGAAGGACAGAUGGAAGUCUUUAAGGUCUGUAGUUGCUCUGCACGCAGCCGUUAUACAUGCUCUAGGAGAAACUUUAGUGACCCCAGCUAAUGACAACCCAGCUGUCUUUGUAACCCUUCGGAUGCCGUUUUUUGAGAAUCAGCAUGUCUUUGUCCAACAGGCCUGA